CUACGAUAGAUUCUACAAUGACCCAAACACUGUCGAAGAUGCUGGUAUAGCUCCGCUUACACUAUGUGGUAAUCAGUCGACACCUCAGUCAGACACCACUUUUACCCAAACUGUACAAGGGUUGUUGGCGGAUAUCAGAGAUGCUACUCCUAGAACCUCUAACUAUUAUGUGGCCUCUACAAGUCAAAUGACAAGUAUAAAUGCAACAAUGUACGCAAUUGCACAAUGCGUUGAAGGUACAAGCCAGGCUACUUGUCGAGAUUGCAUGAACGCAGCCUCUGGCAAUAUAAAUACUUGUCUUCCUAAUACAGAAGGAAGGUCUAUAAACAUGGGAUGUUUUGUAAGAUAUUCAGACACUCCUUUUUUCAAUGGUAACCAGACAACAGAUAUUACGAAUCUCUUAAAAGGAAGUUCAAGUAAGGUACCUGUAAUUGCUGGAGCAAUUGGCGGUGUAGGACUUCUUUGUAUCAUUAUUGUUAUAUGGUUCAUAUUACGACUAAAAAAGAAGUCUAAGAAGAUGGAAGAAGACUCGGAAGAUAUUAAUGGGGCGAUAAAUUACCAAUAUAAAGAUCUGCAAGAUGCAACCAAUAAUUUCAGCAAUGAGAAUUUUCUUGGGAAAGGAGGAUUUGGAGAAGUUUUCAAGGCAAUUCUUGGUGACAAGAGCAUUGUAGCAGUUAAGAAGAUUGAAGUAGAUCAUCUGAAAGGAAAAAAGGAAUUUGAAAAUGAAGUUAAGCUCAUAAGUAACGUUCACCAUCGAAAUCUUCUGCGUCUGCUAGGAUGGUCCAGUGAAGGAUCCCAUCGACUACUUGUCCUAGAAUACAUGUCAAAUGGUAGCCUUGACAGAUUCCUUUGGGGUACGAAAAAGGGGACUUUGAACUGGAAACAACGAUAUGACAUAAUAUUUGGGAUAGCUAGGGGUCUUGCUCAUCUACACAAUGAAUUCCAUGUAAAAAUCAUUCAUAGGGAUAUAAAGUCGAGCAACAUUCUCCUUGAUCACGAUUUUCAACCCAAAAUAGCAGAUUUUGGUUUGGCAAGGCUUCAAGCAGAGGAUAAAAGUCAUAUUAGCACCAAGUUUGCUGGGACAUUGGGCUACACGGCACCAGAAUAUGCACUUCGUGGUAUUUUAUCUGACAAAGUUGACACUUAUAGCUUUGGUAUCGUGAUUCUUGAAAUCAUUAGUGGCCGAAGGUGUAAUGACAUAAACACUGAUAGACCAUCCAUGGAUUACCUCCUAGAACAUGCUUGGAAAUUGUACGAGAACAAAAAACAUAUUAACUUCAUUGAUGAGACAUUGGAUUUGGACCAAGACCAAGAAGAACAUAUGAUGCAGAUCUUUGAAAUUGCUUUGUUAUGCACUCAGUCACCAGUUUCUAUGAGACCAACCAUGUCAGAAGUUGUUUCGAUGCUUCCAAAUGGCGUAUCCCCCGAUAAUAGAAAACUAACCAGACCUACUGUUAUCGGGCAUGAUAGACAGGUUCUUAUAGGUGACUCAAAUAAGGCUGUCCGGGCAGAUAAUGUUUCAGGAAUGGCAAAGGAAUUUGACACAACCAAGAAGCUAAAAGAUGAUGUACAUGAUAAGGUAGAUGUAAUGGAAAAGGGCAUGAAUAUUGCAACGGUCUGGUAAUAUUAUCUUUGAACCUCGAGUUCAAUUAGUAAUUAAGAUUGAUUGUAUCAUGAUUUUUAUGCAUUCAUGUAGAAACAAUAACUAAUAUUUCGAUUUGAUCACAAAGUCGUCAAAAUGUUAUCUGUUAUUGAGAUUGUGACUUGCUUAUAACUAAGAGAAGAUAUUAAGUUUAAUUGUCA